GUCAAACAUUUGUCAUUUUGUCAUGGAAUCGUCAAUUGAACGGAAUGGAAUAGCGAGGUGAAAAAUAAAGUGCGUAAUUGUUUAUAAGCAACGCUUGAAACUUAUAUCAAUAUGCAAAUUCUUUAAACACUUUAACAGUGUCAUGUCGAUUUCCGCGUCUUGUUUGCCUCGCUAGCCUAGUUUAAUUGUAUUUUAGUUGUAAGUCCACCUGUUAUCAUUUCAUAGAUUAUUAUUUUUAUCUUCAGUUGUGUUAAUAUAUUUUUAUAAUGUAUCCACGAUGUGGUAGUAAUGGUUCAAUCCAAAAUAUACACCAGACACCGUCGUCUUCCAACCAGAACACGGAAGAUGAAGAUGACAGUGGAGACAACAAGGCAUCUGCACUGAGUUUUAAGGAAAGAAGGAGAGAGGCUCAUACUCAGGCUGAACAGAAAAGAAGAGAUGCCAUUAAGAAGGGCUAUGAUUCCCUUCAGGAGUUGGUACCAACUUGCCAGCAAACAGAUGCAUCAGGAUACAAACCAAGCAAAGCAGCCGUACUUCAAAAAUCUAUAGAUUACAUCCAAUACUUACUACAGCAGAGGCGAAGGCAGGAAGAUGAGCGAAAUGCGUUGCGCAAAGACGUGGUGGCGUUGCGCAUAAUGCAGGCUAACUACGAGCAAAUCGUGAAGGCGCAACAUUCAGUACCAGGGCACAAUGAACAAAGACUUACUGACCAAGAUAAGUUUAAAGUGUUCCAGGGUAUAAUGGACAAGUUGUUCGAGUCGUUCGAGUCGGUGCCGACAAAUAACUUUGCGGAGUUUUCGGCGGGAGUGUUCAACUGGCUCGAAGAAUACUGCAAGCCCCAGUCGCUGAGAACUAUGGUUCACGGCGUGUUGAGGGAGCAAAGUUAUACGCCAUAAAUACAUUACAUACAUCCAUACAUAUUGUCUUGUUUAGUAGUCAUAAACAUGACAUGGUACUACUAAUUGAGCUUCGAUAUAAUUGACGUGAUUGUUAUUAUUAUAUAAAAUUUUAUUUCUUUGAUCUUUUUUGACGGUUGUAAUUUUUUAAAUUAGUUGUUUACUGUUCCUAUCAGGUUUAAAUAUGAAAUCUUAUACUUUUUUAAAUUGUGAACUUUAAAUAUUUUUCGAAGUUUUAUUGGUAGUUACUUUUCUAUUACUGAAUUGCUCUGUUUUACCUUAUAUAGAUUACAUACAGUUUAAUAUUUAUCUGCCAAAUAUACAUAAGCAGAUAUAAGCGAUAGAGCGAGUGAUAACGUCGUAAUAAUAUGUUCAUGUGAUAAGAAAACUCGUAUCUUCACUCCUAUUACAUAUUCGUUCAAUGUUAUUCAAUUUGCACAAAUAAGACGUAUAUUAUUAUAUGUUUAUUGUUAUUGGAAUUUAUAUCUAUUAAUUAGAUAAUUUAAAUAUAUACAAUACAUACUAUAAUUAGUAUGAAAUUUUACUAUGUUAUUUGGAUAAAUGUAUAUGAAAUUAAAAAUAUGGACAUAUAUUUAUAGUAGAGAUGUGCCGACUAUGGCUCUUGGCGACUAGCAGAUUUCGGUUGGAAAGAAUACUACGGAUAUUUGAAGAAUUAUCAGGCAUACUAAUAAUUAUUUUAUUAUAGUUAUUAGUAAUUUUUUAUAACCCUUUCUUAAAUAGUUUAUCGUUUUUAACAAAUCCAUGUCAUUCUUUUGCCACUGUGUGAAGCAGUGGACUGCAUGUCUUCUCAUUUCCUGAUCUUAUCUUAAGUACUUAGAUAAAUAAGUUACUACUUUGAGUAGUGUAACAUAUCAUACUAUUUUCUCGUCAGAUAUCAUCAUACCAUUUACUCCACAAUCUGUGGCGUUCACACUACAUACAAAUUUUAUCUUUACUAUUGCUACUCGCACGUUUUACCGUUUCAUCGCGGAUUACUAAAAUCGUCGAAUAGUCGGCACAUCUCUAAUUUUUAGAUUCCAAUAUUCUAUUUAUUUCUUAUAAGAAAUCAAAAGUUAUUUUUGAAGAUCAUGCUUAUCAUGUAAGCUUUGUGAUAAAAAAAUGUUCGCCUUAAAGAAUUUGUUCAAGAAUACGAAUGUCAAUAAAUGAUAGUGCCUUCAACAGUUUGCUGUUUUCAAUGUAAAAUAAACAUAUGUUUCGUUA